AUGCCACUGGACAAGAGCGAGGCGACAACUCUCAGCCUCCCCUCCACCGCCAGCCAUGGAGGCUCAGACAGCAACAUUAGCGCAGAGGGCGCGGCGGGCUCAGCGUCCGGCGGCACUGAGGGCGGCGCGGGAUGCGGCGAGCCCCAGCGAACCCGGGCGGCUCUGGAGCACCUGCAACAGAAAAUCUUGAAGGUGACCGAGCAGAUCCGGGUAGAGCAGGAGGCCCGUGACGACAACGUUGCCGAGUACCUUAAGUUAGCCCACAACGCCGACAAGCAGCAGGCAUCCAGGAUCAAGCAGGUGUUUGAGAAAAAGAACCAAAAGUCAGCACAGACCAUUGCACACUUGCACAAGAAGCUAGAGCAUUACCACAAGAAGCUAAAGGAGAUAGAACAGAAUGGACCGGCCCGGCAGCCCAAGGAUGUCCUGCGUGAUAUGCAACAAGGACUGAAGGACGUGGGGGCAAACGUUCGUGCAGGGAUAAGCGGUUUCGGAGGCGGCGUGGUAGAAGGGGUUAAAGGAGGAGUGUCGGCCCUCACUCACACCGCCGUGGUCUCCAAACCCAGAGAGUUCGCCAGUCUCAUCAGGAACAAGUUCGGCAGCGCGGAUAACAUUGCCCACCUCAAGGACACGCUGGAAGACGGAGUCGGCGGCCACCCCGACGACACCCCGACCCCACGCGCCCUCAGUGGAAGCGCCACUUUGGUGUCCAGCCCAAAGUACGGCAGCGACGACGAGUGCUCCAGCGCCACGUCCGGCUCCGCUCCAGGCAGCAACUCUGGUGGGGUGGGAGGAGGUGGUAUGUUAGGGCCCACGAUGGGGAGUCCCAGACUGGACGGACACCACCACCACCACCAUCACGUGCACAGCUCGUGGGACUCGCUCCUCGAGGGCUUGCAGGAGAUCAAAGCCAGCCAGGCACACAUGGAGGACACCAUUGAGGACAUGAAGGGCCAGCUGCAAAGCGACUACUCCUACAUGACGCAGUGCCUGCAAGAAGAGAGAUACAGGUAUGAACGACUAGAGGAGCAACUAAGCGACUUGACAGAACUUCAUCAGAAUGAAAUGAGCAAUCUCAAACAGGAACUGGCCAGCAUGGAGGAGAAAGUGGCUUACCAGUCCUAUGAGAGAGCAAGAGACAUUCAGGAGGCAGUGGAGUCGUGCCUGACUCGCAUCACCAAGCUGGAGCUUCAGCAGCAGCAGCAGCAGGUGGUCCAGCUGGAGGGCGUGGAGAACGCCAACGCCCGCGCGCUGUUGGGCAAGCUUAUUAACGUCAUCCUGGCGCUCAUGGCAGUACUACUGGUGUUCGUGUCCACGUUGGCCAACUUCAUCACGCCGCUGAUGAAGACACGGGCACGGGUGGGCGCCACUGUCCUGCUCACAGUGUUGCUCUUCGUUCUGUGGAAGCACUGGGACUUUUUGGAGCCCUGGCUUCUGCCCAGCUGA